AUAAACCACGCACUCUUAUCCGCAUUAGGGAAUGCAACCCGGCAGCCGCGGCCUGUAGGAGGAGGAGGAGUGAAGAUGGCGCCUCUGGACCUGGAUAAGUACAUUGACAUCGCCAAGCAGUGCAAGUACCUCCCGGAGAACGACCUCAAGCGCCUCUGUGACUAUGUGUGCGACCUCUUGCUGGAGGAGUCCAACGUGCAGCCCGUGUCCACUCCCGUCACGGUGUGCGGGGACAUCCAUGGACAGUUCUACGACCUGAAGGAGCUGUUCCGGACAGGGGGUGAGGUUCCCGACACCAACUACAUCUUCAUGGGAGACUUUGUGGACCGAGGCUACUACAGUCUGGAGACGUUCACGUUCCUGCUGGCGCUCAAGGCACGCUGGCCCGACCGCAUCACCCUGCUGCGUGGAAACCACGAGUCCAGGCAGAUCACGCAGGUCUACGGAUUCUACGACGAGUGUCUCACCAAGUACGGCAACGCCAACGCGUGGCGGUACUGCACCAAGGUGUUCGACAUGCUCACGGUGGCCGCGCUCAUCGACGAGCAGGUGCUGUGCGUUCACGGGGGCCUCUCGCCCGACAUCAAGACCCUGGACCAGAUCCGCACCAUCGAGCGCAACAUCGAGAUCCCGCACAAGGGCGCCUUCUGCGACCUCGUCUGGUCCGACCCCGAGGACGUGGACACGUGGGCCAUCAGCCCCCGCGGCGCCGGCUGGCUGUUCGGGGCCAAGGUCACCAACGAGUUCGUUCACAUCAACAACCUGAAGCUCAUCUGCCGGGCCCACCAGCUGGUGCACGAGGGCUACAAGUUCAUGUUCGACGAGAAGCUCGUCACCGUCUGGUCGGCGCCCAACUACUGCUACCGCUGCGGCAACAUCGCCUCCAUCAUGGUGUUCCCGGACGCCAGCACGCGGGAGCCGCGGCUGUUCCGCGCCGUGCCGGACUCCGAGCGCGUUAUCCCGCCCCGCACCACCACGCCGUACUUCCUGUGAUCGAUCGCGGCGGCGGCGGUGGCGGUGGCGGUGGCGGUGGCGGAGCGUGAUAUUGAUGGCGAUGGUGGUGGUUUUGUUGGUGGUGGAGGAUGGGUGAUGGUGUUGAUGUGGUGAUGACGAAGGUGGCGGUGCUUGCCUGGCCACAACCACCACAAUGUCGCACCGUGUUUUAAGUUGUACCACACCGAGCCUAGCCACACAAGGCACACCACUCUCUAGUCCACACCUCGCUAUCUCUUCCACGCUGCGCCCACUAUUUAAUGCCAGCCUGCUCAACACCGCACCAUCAGCACCACAGCACCCUGCUCAACAUCGCACCAUCAGCACCACAGCACCCUGCUCAACACCGCACCAUCAGCACCACAGCACCUUGCUCACCAUCAGCA